AUGUUCUUGGCUCACAAUACAACCUGUGUAGAGAAGCUGAAGAUUGAGCUUGAGUACAAUUGUGCUACCAUCUCGCUCACCCUUGAUAUCUGGACAGCACCGAAUCGGGUGCCUAUUUUCGCCAUUAUUGCGCACUGGAUUACGCCGGAGUUUGAGGAGAGAGAAGAGGUUAUUGAGUUUAUCGAGCUCAAAGGAUCGCACACUGGCAAACAACUAGCUGAGAUAGUUGAGAAGACACUUGAGGAGCUCAGGCUCAAGCCCAAGCUUCUCGCCAUUACGGGAGACAACGCCGCCAACAACGGCACGCUCUGUCAGUCUCUGUACGAUUCUCUCAAGAUCAAGUUCGACGACAAGGGCGUCCUGCAAGAUCUCAAGGCAGGCACAGCGAAGGAAGCCAAGAAGAUGCUGGAUAAGUGGGACGAAGAGAAUAAAAGCAACAACUACACCGUUCCGGGAGACUCUAGUCGAAGUGGGAUUGCCAAAAUCCGCCUCCUCAAUCUCUGGAUGCUGAGAUCCGGGCCUAGGGAGCAAGACUUCAAAAGCAUGCCCCGCACGCACCAUCGGAAGCCAACCUACGAUGUCGACACUCGCUGGAAUUCGACCUACGACAUGAUUGACCAAUUCCUGGAGCUUGAGGCAGAAUAUACCGAGUUCGUUGAUACUCACCAGCAAGUCAAGUGCCUCCUGCCCUUAUCGGAAGAGAUUGUCGCGCUCUAUCAACUACGGAAGGUUCUGAAGCCGUUUAAAGACCACACUCUGAAAGUCUCCGAAGCUAUGCCGCAGAUCUCACAAAGUCUCGAUAUCUAUUGGGAUUUGGAAGCUCUCCUGAUGAUGUAG